AUGCGCGUCGGGUACAUUGGUCUGGGGCUCAUGGGCAAGCCCAUGGCCGCCAACAUCCUCAAGGCGGGCUUUCCCGUGUGUGUGUGGAACCGCACAGCCUCCAAGUGCGACGACCUCGUCACGGCUGGCGCCACGGCGUGCGCGACGCCGGCGGAGCUGGCGGCGGCCUCUGACGUCGUCUUCACAAACCUCUCGGACUCCUCUGACGUGAUGGAGAUCGUGUUCGGCACCAACGGCGUGGCAGCCGGCAUUCGUGAGGGGGCCAUCUUCGUGGACAACAGCACCAUCAAGCCCUCUGUCGCGCAGGAGAUCGCGCGACGGCUGUGGGAGGAGAAAAAAGUGCGUGCACUGGAUGCACCGGUCUCUGGCGGCGACAUUGGAGCGCGCAACGGCACCUUGACCGUCAUGGUCGGCGGUGACGCUGCUGCGCUUGAGACUGUUUUGCCUGUGCUGCUCGCAGUGGGUAAGAAGGUGACCCACAUUGGCGACUGCGGGGCGGGGCAGGUGUGCAAGGCGGCAAACCAGAUCAUGGUGGCUGCCCAGAUGGUCGCGCUUGGCGAGAUCCUUGUCUUCUCUGAGAAGUGCGGCGUGUCGGGGUCGACAGUUAUCGAGGCGAUCAAGAGUGGUUCGGCACAGUGCUGGGCACUCGAUGUGAAGCCGGACCGCCUCUUUGCCGGCAACCGCGAGCCCGGUUUCAAGGCUGCCCUGCAGAGCAAGGACAUGGGCAUCGUGAUGGACUCGGCCAAGGAGUUUGGCGUCCCGCUGCCCUCCACCGCCGUCAAUACGCAGCUCUUCCAGGCGAUGGUUCAGAACGGCGAUGGAGACCGCGACAACUCCGCUGUCGUCAGCGUGCUCGAACGCAUGGCCAACGUCCACAUCUCGGAGGUGAAGAAGGAAUAG